AUGUCCCACCAAGCUCUCCAGACUGAAUCCGUGUCUAGGAAACGCUCGCGCUCGCCCGACGAGGUCGACGACAAGGCGAGCGUGCAUCAGCAGGCUAGCAAGCGCCAGAACACGGGUAUCGUGUCCUCUGGUUCGUCUGCUGUCUUCGAUGUUGCAAUGUCCGAGCCCCAGGACAGCAAGCCCAAUGUCGCCGCCCACCCUCAAGCCAGUAGCGUCGAACUCGAGAAACCAAAAGAUUUACCCGCAAAGCCCGAACCCGCAGUGGAGAAUGGACAAAAGUCGUCGUCGAAUGCGGCUACCGCCCCGCCUGCUUCGACCAUCCAUAUGCGUUGUCUCAUCGUAACCCAAGACGCCUCGAUCAUUAUUGGCAAAGGCGGCUCACACGUAAACGAGAUUCGUGAAAAGAGCAACGCCAAGGUGAUGGUCUCUGAGAGCAUUCCCGGAAAUCCCGAGCGUAUUCUCAAUGUGAGCGGUGCAUUGGACGCAGUCUCCAAGGCAUUUGGUCUCAUUGUCCGCAGAAUCAACGACGAACCCAUGGGACCUUCUGUACCCGGCAGCCGCGCCGUCACCAUCAAGUUUAUCAUUCCUCAUUCGCGUAUGGGAUCCGUGAUUGGCAAAGGCGGUGCCAAAAUCAAAGAGAUUCAAGAGGCGAGCGGCGCUCGUUUGAAUGCGAGUGAAGGCAUGCUUCCAGGCUCAACUGAACGUAUCCUCAGCGUUACCGGCGUGGCAGAUGCGAUCCACAUCGCGACGUAUUAUAUCGGUAACAUUCUUAUCCAGCAGCAAGAAGCACACGGUGCAGUCGGGUUAUCAUACCGUCAAUCUCGACCUCCUCGAGCGUUUAAUGAGACGAUGGGUGGAGGCGCACCCGGUCAGCAAUAUUUCCCUGGACAAUACCAAAGCCCCAUGAUGCCGGCCGCUGUUCCAUCUGGACCGUUGCAGACGCAGCAGAUUUACAUUCCAAACGAUCUCGUUGGGUGUAUCAUUGGCAAAGGUGGUGCAAAAAUCAACGAGAUUCGACAGACGAGCCAGAGUCAAAUCAAGAUUAUGGAGCCUGGUGCGGUUGGUGUCGGUGUCGGUGGACAACAAGCUGGACCGCCAAAUGAGGGAGAGAGAUUGGUCGUCAUCACGGGACAGCCGCAUAACAUUCAAAUGGCCGUCGGGAUGCUCUACCACCGUCUUGAAGAAGAGAAGAGGAAGCAAAUGGCUCAACGCGGGAUGUAG